CCCGCCUGCAACUUUUUCUCGCCUCCGGCUUCCAGAUUCGAGACUUGGGGGCUGGUUUAUAAAUACUCCCGUACAUAUGUGUGAGCUAAUAAAACAGUUCUCUCCUCGAAGCAGCCGCCGCUGGGGGCAUCUCCUUCGUGCCAGAGCCACUUGCCUUCUUGUCUGGGUUAUAAACUUUUGCUGCCAGACCUCUCUGCAGAACGCGCCCAGUCGAAACCUAAAGUAGCGUCCUGAAGAGCCAGGCAGAGCGCGCACCCCGUGACCUUCAUCCCCGCACCGUGCCGCCUUCUCCGGCUUCCCAGCCACCUCUCUCCUCCCCAAGGGAGCGUUGAGGAAGCGCUUUUUGGAUGCCAGAGGGGGCAUCUGGUUCUGCCAGGCUGGAAAGCUGAGGCAGGCUUGGAAGAAGAAUUACUAGACUCCGGAGAGCCCAGACUCUUCCUCUCUGCGUCUCCCUGCUCCGCUGUUGGUGGGCUCCAGUCCGCGCCUGCCUCCCGCAGCACUUCCCAGGCCCGCUGACGUGCGGGGCACUGGGCGCGGAUCGCGGACCCUGCGGCUGCCCGAGUUCUGGGAAGUUGCGGCCCUCGAGGAUGGGGGUGUGUGGGCACCUGUUCCUGUCCUGGAAGUGCCUCGUGGUCGUGUGUCUCAGGCUGCUGUUCCUUGUACCCACAGGAGUGCCCGUGCGCAGCGGAGAUGCCACCUUCCCCAAAGCCAUGGACAACGUGACGGUCCGGCAGGGGGAGAGCGCCACCCUCAGGUGCACCAUAGAUGACAGAGUCACUCGGGUGGCCUGGCUAAACCGCAGCACAAUCCUCUAUGCUGGAAAUGACAAGUGGUCCAUAGAUCCACGUGUGAUCAUCCUGGUCAACACGCCAACCCAGUACAGCAUCAUGAUCCAAAAUGUGGAUGUGUAUGACGAAGGUCCCUACACCUGCUCUGUGCAGACAGACAAUCACCCCAAAACCUCACGGGUCCACCUCAUUGUGCAAGUUCCUCCCCAGAUCAUGAAUAUCUCCUCUGACAUCACCGUGAACGAGGGAAGCAGUGUGACUCUGUUGUGUCUUGCAAUUGGUCGACCAGAGCCAACUGUGACAUGGAGACACCUGUCAGUUAAGGAAGGCCAGGGAUUUGUGAGUGAGGACGAAUACCUGGAAAUCUCUGACAUCAAACGAGACCAGUCUGGGGAGUACGAGUGCAGUGCUCUGAAUGAUGUAGCUGCACCCGACGUGCGGAAAGUGAAAAUCACCGUGAACUACCCUCCCUAUAUAUCCAAAGCCAAGAACACUGGAGUCUCGGUUGGUCAGAAGGGCAUCCUGAGCUGCGAAGCUUCUGCAGUCCCCAUGGCCGAGUUCCAGUGGUUCAAGGAAGACACCAGGUUAGCCACUGGUCUGGACGGGGUGAAGAUUGAGAACAAAGGUCGCAUAUCCACACUGACCUUCUUCAACGUCUCAGAGAAGGAUUAUGGCAACUAUACUUGUGUGGCCACAAACAAGCUUGGCAACACCAAUGCUAGCAUCACAUUGUAUGGGCCUGGAGCAGUCAUUGAUGGUGUAAACUCGGCCUCGAGAGCGCUGGCUUGUCUCUGGCUCUCAGGGACUCUCUUUGCCCACUUCUUCAUCAAGUUUUGAUAAGAAACCAUAGGUCCUCUGAGGAACGCCUGCUUCUCCAUCUCACAGACUUUAAUCUACACUGCGGAGGGCAAACCAGUUUGGGCUUCUUCUUCUUUUUUUUUUUUUUUUUUUUUUUUGUCUGUAGGGUUUUUAUUUUGUUUGUUUGUUUGUUUUGUUUACUUAUGUGGUUUUGUUUUCCAAAUGGAAUGAGUGGGGUUGGGGGGAGGGUUGGGCAGGGUUCUACCACGUGUAGAAUACUCAUUCAUGGGUGUGUCCAAAAAUGGAAUGUGCUCCUGUUACCUUGGUCUUUCCUUUUCCUCUGCUUCUCUUCCCAUCAUCAUGACCAUGAGCCCCCACCAUCACCACCGCCACACACCAAACCGUAAAUUCCAUUUGGGCAAAAAAAUGUGUCUAAUGAUAAACACCCUGAAGACACAACUUGCCUCCACGGAGUGCAUACUGAGGGUUACAUUCAAGUGUCCUAUUAUCCUAUUAUCUGUAUCUUCUGUUUCAGAUCAUCUUCCUAAUUUUAAUGUACAUAUCCCCUCCCUCUUUAUUAUUAUGUACUCCCAUUGGGAUUCACAUCUUUUCUUUCUGGGAAGUUAUUUCACAAUAUCCAAAUCCUGCACCUUCUGUAGUCACCCAUCCUAUUCCUUUCUUCUGCCAGCUACAGGGACUGGAGGUUUGGGGCUCUGCAUGCAACCUAAAGCUAAAACUUUAAAGGCCAAGUGACUGUAAAAGGAGGAAGGAUUUUGAAGACAGUGCUUCUCUUUUAAAAAUAUCAUCCAACUCAUGAAAGAUUGAGCAUUAGAUGGGUGAUUAUUUAGAUCUUAUCAGGCUAUCAGAGUAAUCACAUGGUUAUCCAUCUACUCAAUUGUCUGAUUUCUUUGUCCCUAUAAUUAUUACCCACCUGUCUUCCUCUUUAUUUACUCUAUCAAUCUAAUAAUGUAACACUCCCAUUGCACCCCACUUCUCUGAAUUCAUUACCAUUUAAAUCUCUAAUCAGAUGAUGUCAAUCCCACUAUAUUCAUUUGUCUUCUACUAUCAGCAGAUAUUUGCAUCUUCAAAAUUGCCUAUCAGGAUGUCACAUCAAAACCAGUGAUCUCAGCAGCUAACCACAACACAGAAAUGCAGUACCCUUUGCCAGGCACUCUUUGGAACAUGGUAUUCCAUCCGUUUAAUUAGACACUGUUAACAGGUAGAUCAACAUGGCAUAUGGAGAGUUAGUCACUCUGUAUUUCCGGAAGAGGAUCUGUGUCUUAAAGGCAACAUCUUGGGAAGGAGACCAUCUCUGAAAGCCUUUGUUAGUGCUAUUUCUUUCACAGUUGAAAACCUAGGUACCAACUGUAGUUCUUCUCUUGGUCUUCAAAGAGAGAGCAUGUCAAGAAGCUAUGGCAUUACCUAGUA